CCUGACUCAUGCUCCUGCUGGAUGGAACUAUGCCGAUCACACCCACACCUCCAGCUGUGCACAAAGGAGAUCGACCUGUGCGAAAAGAGAUGCAUUUCUACUAUGUGGGGGACCACGAGUGGACAACCAUGUUGGGUCAGAGUGUACGUUUGCAGCCGGUGCCCAUCCAGAACUUGUCAGAGCUGGAGCGAGCCCGGUUACAGGAAGUCGCCUAUUACCACCUGGACGAGAGGGACCUGGAUCUCAGGGUCAGCAUCCCCAGAGAAACACGCAAACGGAGAAAAUCUCUACGCAGGAAGUUUGACUCCUUUUCAAAGGAAAAGAAAGAGCGAGAAUCGGACCCGAAGGCGUUCGGCAUCCCGCUCUCCUUGGCUAUCGCAAACGACCAGGCCUACAAACGGCGGCAGGAUGCCCUGAAGGAGAGCAGGCGCGACUGCUUGGACCUGGAGGCCAGCAUCAUGCGCUUCAGGGCCGAGAAGCGGCAGUUCUUCAACGGGAAUAAUGGAGUUCCUGGCUCGCCGUCCGCAAACUCUGUGGCACCGGCGCCGAUUUUUGAGAACCAGAAUAAACCGCUGUCACCAACGUUUUUGGAUAAUACCGGACGAGGACAGAGAAGGGGCGGACUGUCCGUCGACUCCAUUUCCGACCUGGUGGAGAGUCAGUCCCGCCUGUUGGAGGCUCUGCAGCUCUCCCACCCGGCCGAGCUGGAGUUGAAGAAAUCACCAGGCGGAAGCUCAGGGGGAGAAGGGAGGACUCAGACCAAGCUCAGCCUCAACCCCAUCUACAGACAGGUGCCCCAAGUGCUGGAAAGAUGCUGCACUCACAUCGAGAACCAUGGUCUUCAGACUGUCGGCAUUUUCAGAGUCGGGAGCUCCAAGAAGAGAGUGAGACAGCUGCGGGAGGACUUCGACAUCGGGGUGGACGUCCAGCUGGAUGAGGAGCACAGCGUCCAUGACGUGGCGGCGUUGCUCAAAGAGUUUCUCAGAGACAUGCCGGAUCCUCUGCUGCCCAGAGAGCUUUACCCCGCCUUCCUGCACGCCAACCUGUUGAGAGGAACAGACCAGUUGCAGUACCUGCAGCACCUCAUCUACCUGCUGCCUCCCUGCAACUGCGACACCCUGCUGCGACUCCUCACCUUGUUACACACCGUGCAGAGCUUCGCCCAGGACAGCAUAGGAACCAACAACGAGGAGAUCAAUGGUAACAAGAUGACGGCUGCUAACCUGGCGGUGAUCUUUGGGCCCAACCUGCUGCAGAAGGAAAGCGGAGGAGACUCAAGUCCUAAUGCGAUGGGGAUCGAGGACAGCACGUCGAUCAUCAGCGUCACUCUAGUCCUCAUACAGAACUACAGGAGGCUCUUCACGGUGUCUGCAGAGCUGCAGCAGGAAGUCCUGAUGAGUCUAAUCCAGACCGACCCGGACAUAAUCGACUAUCUGUUGCGCAGGAAACUCAGCGGUUGUCAUCUGACGGUGGACAGCAGCAGCGAGACGGGUGGUCGCCGGGAUACAGGGGCGUCUCUGGACUCUGUUGGGGCCUCCAGUGGGAGUCUGUCCCCGCUGGAGCCCCCCUCUCCUCUCUUCCCCCCCGACGGGAGCGGAGGCGAGGGCAGCCUGACCAGCGAGAUCUUCCUCAACGUGCUCAAACUGAACCAGAACAGGAAGCGGCAGGAUACAAGAUACGGUAAAUCCAUCCGACACAUGCGUCAGUUCCACUCCCACCACAACCUGCUCAGCCUGUCCCAGUCCUCCUCCUCAUCCUCCAACUCCAGACUCAACAUUCAAGACUCCGACACCCAGGACCGCAGGGGCCCGUUGGGGUCUGCGCUGAACUAUGCGCUGAGCGGCGGGGGAAGCGGUAGCUGCUCCAGUCUGAGCGGCUCCACUGAGAGCAGCAUCUGGGUGAGGCAGGUGCCGCAGGAGGAGAGCAAGCCGUCACCCGCCGCCAACUUCUGGGACUUCUUCACCGGGAAAGGGUCGAGCUCGGAGACGAUGGUAUGA